AUGAAAGCCCUCAUACUCGCCGCAGAGGACCGAACAGCGUAUAUCGGUGACGUACCUUGGCCAGAGCCUGCUGUGAACGAACUACUGGUUCGUGUAAGGGCGAUUGCGCUCAAUCCCAUUGACCCACUAUAUGUCGCGCAUCCGCUGGGUAAUUCUGGACGGACGAUUGGGAGCGAUUUUGCGGGUACCAUAAUCCAGAUUGGCGGUGAUGUACCCUCAGAAGCCGAUCUCGAUGUUGGAAACGAGGUCGCUGGUUUUCUGCAAGGUGCUUGCAGCGUCAACGAACGACCGGGUGCCUUUGCAGAAUUUGUUGUGGUCCCGUGGGAUCUAGUAUGGAAGGUACCCAAGUCGGUGACUCUGGAGCAAGCUGCGGGUGUAAGCCUUGUAGCCCUUACGUCUGCGCAAGCAAUAUGGUACCGGCUAGGGAUGGAAGCGCCGUUUGCGUAUGAUCGCGAGCAAAUUUUCCAAGAGCACCCAGAGUGGAAAUACGCCGCACAGAACCGAUGGGACGAAGCGGAUGUAACCAACGUUUUCGUCUAUGGUGCAUCUACAUCAGUCGCAUUGUUUGCGGCGCAGAUGAUACGGCUCAGUGCGAAAUCGAGUGGCAAAGCUAUCAAGCUGUACGGCGCAGCUAGCGAGGCUCGAUGGGAGCUUCUCAAAGCAGAGCCAUACGGGUAUGACGCUCUCGUUGAUUACCAAGACCCUGACUGGCCAGAGCAAAUCAGAGGGUUUACUGGCGGCAUUGGAAUACACUAUGCAUUCGACUGUAUUUCUGAAGCUAGGUCCGUCGAGCGUACCUGUUCGACCCUCGCACGUGGUGGGAAGAUAGCCAUCGUCCGAUCUCGUGAAGGUGGAGCUUGGAAGCCGCACAAUACCUCUGUCGAACCCAUUUAUGGUGCGGUGUGGGAGGCAUUGGGCGAAGAGGUUCAGUACCAAGGCUUUACUGUACGACGAUCACCGGCUGCUCGUGGGUUCGCAGUAGCGUUCUACGCGUGGCUCGGCGAAUCCAUAGCUUCCAAGCUGAGCCCAAAUCCGAUCAGAUUGAUGCCAGGCGGCUUAGGAAGCGUAGUUCGUGAUGGCUUUCAGUUGCUCGGUGCAGGCGGUAUGGAAGAAAGACGAAAAGUUCGCGCUGAACCGUGGAUGCGGCCUGUCAGUGCCGAGAAGAUUGUUUAUAAUAUCUGA